AUGGCUUCUCGGGGGCAGUUAACCGAUACCGGAUUACGUAUCGAUAUCAUACACCAACGCGAGGAUAUUAUUCAGGCUUUCGACUGCGUAUGCGAGGCAUUUGGUCGUCAAGUGCAAGAUGGGAUCUGGAUAGCCUUGAACCCAGGUUGGGACACACCUCAGGGGAGAGCACAUGGAGCUGAGAGGAUGGUCGCCCGCUGGCAUCACAAGACCAAUGACAAAAACGGUCUUCCGAAUAUCAUUUUUCUCAAGGCUACGCUGCCGUGUCCGGAGAAUGGAGACAGACGUAUCAUCGUGGGCUUCAGCAUUUGGGUGCAGGCUUCCACCAUAGAGGGCUAUGGUGAACCUCCGGCGCAAGAUAUGGCCAAUUCACUAAACCUCAAUGCACUUUACCCCGAAAAUGAGUCUGAACAACGUUACCUCUGCCAGGUUAUUUCCUCUCUGCAUAGAAGACGCAACGAAGUAAUUAAGGAGAAAGCCACUGCAGUGCCACCAGCAGUUUUGAUCCUAGACAUGUGCGCCGUCGAUCCGGCCCACCAGCGCAAAGGUGUUGCGCGAGAGCUUGUGCGGUGGGGCAUCGAUGAAGCGCAUCGGCGUGGAGGUCUGGAAGCCAUAACUGAGGCGUCCAGUAUGGGUCGACAUGUGUAUGCAAAGAUGGGAUUCCAAGCGGACGGGCCUGAGAUUGAAUAUGUGGUGGACGACGAAUUUUCUUCUCGGAGGAAACCCCCUAACCUGUUUAUGCGCACCAAUAGCAACCUACACACACACUAG